UUGUCUCCGGUACUUUUCUGAACGCCCGUACACCUUCAGUCUAAGGGCUGGGGAUAAGGGAAAGAGGAGCAAGAGGCCCAGUUUGGCUGUAAAGAAGAAACUAGUUCUGUUUUUCACUUAUGGCUUUGUUGUAGUAACAACAAUUACCAACAACACACCGUUAUUUUUUUUAAUAUUUUUUUUUUUGUGGAUUUGUGGAAGGAAAAGGACCCACAUUUUGUUCUGAAAGGUCGCCCGUUUUUUUUUUUUUCAGAAGUUUUGUGGCGCUGAGUGAGAAACCAUGGAGAUGCAAAUAUGGUCCACAAGGUGGAAAACCAAAAAGUGGCUUUUGAACCCCACUCUAACUACUAUCGUCACUCUCACUGUCCUUCUGCAAGCCGUCAAUGUCCAAUCAGCUGACCCAGUGGAUGUACUCAAGGUUCUGGACUUCCACAGCUCCCCGGAUGGCGUCCGUAAAGCUACGGGCUUCUGCGCUCACCGGAGAGGAUCUAAACCUGACAUAGCCUUCCGUGUGGGGAAGCAGGCCCAGAUCAGCGCUCCCAGCAAGCAACUCUUCCCAGGAGGAGUGUUCCCAGAGGACUUCUCAGUGAUGUUCACCAUCAAGCCCAAGGCAGGCAGCCAGUCCUUCCUGCUGUCUGUGUAUAAUGAGCAGGGGGUCCAGCAGCUGGGUGUGGAGGUGGGACGCUCUCCUGUCUUCCUGUACGAAGACCAACAUGGGAAACCUGCCCCAGAGGAUUACCCAUUGUUUAGAUCCAUCAACCUCGCUGAUGGCAAAUGGCAUCGCGUGGCCAUCAGUGUGGAGAAGAAGAGUGUGACCAUCAUUGUGGAUUGUAAGAAGAAGCUGAGCAGGCCACUGAAGAGGAGCGACGGGGCAGACAUCAACACUGACGGCAUCGUUGUCUUUGGAACCAGGAUUCUGGAUGAAGAAGUUUUUGAGGGUGACAUACAGCAGCUGCUGAUUGUGGCCGACCCACGGGCAGCGUACGACUACUGUGAACACUACAGCCGAGACUGUGACACACCUCAUCAGGAGCAGCCACAGGCACAAGAACCAGAGGAUGAGUACAAUUCGUACGACCUAGAGUACAGUGAGGUCUACGACUACAGUGAAGGAGAAGUUGGCACUGAAACUGCACCAACCGAAGGAGUCAAACCUGCACCUGAGGCUGUGGACGGAGCUCAACCCACUGAGAAUCCUACAGACCCAACUGUUUCAAUCCUGAACUACGACGAGGAAAUAGUCGACGAUUACGUCACCGGCGUGGAGCAGGUCGACGCCGACUCUACGGCUGCCACAGAAAUCGGCUCUGAUACCAAAGGUCCCGACCCCGGUGCAGAAUCGUACGAUUUUAAGGAGUACGAUCUGAAGGAAUACGGUGAUAUCAAAGAGAUUGAUACGAAACAGACGUACGAGUACGGUGACUAUGGCGACUACGGGACCGGCGAGGCCAAACCUACCUCCUUCCCGACCUACGAGGAUGAGUUUGGGCCGGGCGUACCUGCUGAGACCGACACAGAUAGUAGUAUGGGAGGAGGCAGAUAUGGUGGAGAGAAAGGAGAGAAGGGAGAACCCGCCAUCAUUGAACCCGGGAUGCUGAUUGAAGGACCCCAAGGAGGCCCCGGCCAAGCUGGCCUGCCUGGUGCCCCAGGCUCCCAGGGUGCCCCUGGCCCACAUGGAGACCACGGUGACAGGGGUCCUCCAGGGCGUCCUGGUCUUCCUGGUUCAGACGGAGUUCCUGGUCCUCCAGGUACCCUUCUAAUGCUGCCAUUCCGUGCUGGUGGAGAUGCACAUAAGGGACCAGUGGUCUCAGCUCAGGAGGCACAAGCUCAGGCGAUCCUGUCCCAAGCCAGGCUCACCAUGAGGGGUUCUCCUGGGCCAAUGGGAAUGUCAGGAAGACCUGGGCCUUUGGGUGGACCUGGACCUAACGGACUGAAGGGAGACGGAGGAGACAACGGACCUCAGGGUCCCAGAGGUCUUCAGGGUCCAACUGGCUCACCUGGAAAAGCAGGAAAGAGGGGUCGUAACGGAGCUGAUGGUGCCAGGGGUAUGCCAGGAGAGUCAGGGGGCAAGGGGGACCGAGGUUUCGAUGGGCUCCCAGGUCUCCCCGGAGAGAAGGGACACAGGGGUGAGCUGGGUUCCAUCGGCUCUCCAGGUGCUCCAGGAGAGGAUGGCCAGAGAGGCGAAGACGGUGAGAUCGGACAGAGGGGUCUAGCUGGAGAGAGUGGUCCUAGAGGGCUGCUUGGUCCUAGAGGAUCCCCUGGGACUGGUGGACAGCGUGGUCUUGCUGGGAUUGACGGCCAAGCUGGUCCCAAAGGAAACCAGGGCACACAAGGAGAGUCGGGGCCCGCCGGUCAGCAGGGCAUCCCUGGACCACAAGGUCUUGUUGGUCCUCAAGGCCCAAUCGGACCGCCUGGUGAAAAAGGACCGUCAGGUCGUCAGGGAUUGGCUGGUCUGGGUGGUGCCGAUGGUCCUCCCGGUCACCCAGGGAAGGAGGGUCCUCCAGGAAUGAAAGGAGGCGUCGGUCAUCCUGGUCCUCAGGGUUCUAUUGGCUACCCUGGCCCACGAGGUGUCAAGGGUGCCGAGGGCAUCAGAGGUCUGAAAGGCGGCGGCGGAGAAAAGGGAGAGGACGGUUUCCCAGGUUUCAAAGGAGACAUGGGCAUCAAGGGAGACAAGGGAGAGCUCGGUGUCCUAGGAGCCAGAGGUGAAGACGGACCUGAGGGCCCCAAAGGUCGAUCCGGCCCCAACGGAGAGGCAGGCCCCAUCGGGUCUGCUGGAGAGAAGGGACAACUUGGUGUCCCCGGAUUACCCGGCUACCCAGGAAGACAAGGACCAAAGGGCUCCAAUGGCUUCCCUGGAUUCCCCGGCUCCAAUGGAGAAAAAGGAGGAAGGGGUAUCGCUGGUAAAUCCGGACCCAGGGGACAACGUGGCCCAACGGGUCCCCGUGGUGGAAGAGGUGCCAGGGGACCAACUGGAAAGCCAGGUGCUAAGGGAACAUCAGGUAAUGACGGUCCUCCAGGUGGACCAGGAGAGAGAGGACCCCAAGGACCCCAGGGGCCAGCCGGCUUCCCAGGACCUAAGGGCCCUAAUGGCCCCCCGGGUAAAGACGGACUGCCUGGUCACCCUGGGCAGAGAGGAGAGACAGGUUUCCAGGGAAAGACUGGCCCACCUGGGCCUGGAGGUGUUGUUGGACCUCAGGGACCAACGGGAGAGACCGGCGGCAUCGGAGAGAGAGGACACCCUGGCUCCCCUGGACCCCCCGGAGAGCAAGGUUUACCUGGAUCUGCUGGGAAAGAAGGAGGAAAGGGUGACCCAGGUCCUAUGGGUACAUCUGGAAAGGUUGGCCCAGCCGGGCUCAGGGGCUUCCCAGGACAGAGAGGUCUUCCUGGGGCUAACGGUCCAGCUGGUUUGAAGGGAGGCGAAGGACCACAGGGUGCCCAAGGCCCCGUCGGUUCUCCAGGAGAGAGAGGUGCUGCCGGUCCAGGAGGUGCCAUCGGUCUUUCAGGACGCACCGGACCUCAGGGAGGUCCUGGACCAGCAGGAGAGAAGGGAGGCCCGGGAGAGAAAGGCCCCAUGGGACCAGCUGGUCGUGACGGUAUCCAAGGUCCUGUUGGUCUUCCUGGCCCUGCAGGCCCCCAAGGCCCCCCUGGAGAGGAUGGAGACAAGGGAGAGGUUGGUGAACCUGGCCAGAAGGGAAGCAAAGCAGACAAAGGUGAACAGGGUCCUCCUGGUCCAUCUGGUCUUCAAGGUGUCAUCGGAGCUCCUGGUCCUGCCGGUAGUGAUGGUGAGUCAGGACCCAGGGGUCAGCAGGGUAUGUUUGGCCAGAAGGGAGACGAAGGAUCCAGAGGAUUCCCUGGGCUACCUGGGCCCAUCGGACUGCAGGGGCUGCCUGGUACAUCAGGAGAGAAGGGAGAGAACGGGGACGUCGGCCCAAUGGGUCCACCUGGUCCUCCAGGUCCCAGAGGUCCCCAGGGUUCUAGUGGAGCUGACGGUGCUCAAGGCCCUCCUGGUGGAGUGGGUUCUAUGGGAGGUAAUGGAGAAAAGGGAGAAAGCGGUGAAGCUGGCAACCCGGGACCAUCAGGAGAGCCUGGUGGUGGAGGCCCCAGAGGAGAGACAGGGGAGAAGGGAGAGUCAGGACCACCUGGAGCUGCUGGACCUGCAGGGGCCCGCGGACCUGGAGGAGACGAUGGCCCCAAAGGCAACCCCGGACCCGUUGGCUUCUCUGGAGACCCAGGUCCCCCUGGAGAGCCUGGAGUUGGUGGAUUGGAUGGCUUGGCUGGAGACAAGGGAGAUGAUGGAGACGCUGGUCAGCCAGGCCCACCUGGUCCUUCUGGAGAAGCUGGACCUCCAGGACCACCCGGCAAGAGGGGACCCAUUGGACCAGCCGGUACUGAGGGAAGACAAGGAGAGAAGGGUUCUAAGGGUGAGGCUGGAGCCGAUGGGCCUGAUGGUAAAACUGGACCUGUCGGACCCCAGGGUCCCUCUGGGAAGCCUGGACCUGACGGUCUGCGUGGAAUCCCAGGCCCUGUCGGUGAACAAGGACUUCCCGGUGCUUCUGGAAUGGACGGACCUCCUGGACCAAUGGGUCCCCCUGGUCUCGCUGGCUUGAAAGGAACUCCUGGUGGUAAGGGAGAAAAGGGUCACCCUGGUCUGAUUGGUCUAAUUGGACCACCUGGUGAGUUUGGAGAGAAGGGAGACAGAGGCCUGCCUGGACCCCAGGGAACUGGUGGAGGCAAGGGAGACACUGGUGUUGGCGGUUCUGCUGGUCCUCUUGGUCCUCCUGGUCCUCCUGGUAUUCCUGGACCUGUGGGCUCUAAGGGGUCCAAGGGAUCAACCGGUGGAGCUGGGCAAAAAGGAGACACUGGUAUGAUUGGACCACCUGGAGCUCCUGGUCCUCCUGGGGACAUCAUCCAGCCGCUGCCCAUCCAGCAGGCGAGCAGGAAGAACAGACGCCAGGCGGAGGACGACGGCGUGCAGGGCGACGAGGCCGGAGGCAUGGCAGAUUAUGACAUGGAGGCCACAGCGGACAUGGAGGACGUGUUCGGGUCCCUGAAUAACUUGAAGCAGGACAUCGAGAGGAUGAAGUUCCCCAUGGGAACACAGGACAACCCUGCCAGGACCUGUAACGACCUGCACCUCAGCCAGCCUGACUUCCCUGACGGUGAAUACUGGAUCGAUCCUAACCAGGGCUGUACUGGAGACUCCUUCAAGGUCUACUGUAACUUCACCGCUGGAGGAGAGACCUGUAUCUACCCCGACAAGAAGUCCGCUGGUGUCAGAAUCUCUAACUGGCCCAAGGAGGCUCCGGGAUCAUGGUUCAGUGAAUUCAAACGGGGAAAAAUAUUGAACUAUGUGGACAUGGAGGAGAACACGAUACAGACAGUCCAGAUGACCUUCCUGAAGCUGCUCAGCUCAACGGCCCGUCAGAACUUCACCUACAUCUGCCACCAGUCUGUAGCCUGGUACGAUGCCAAGGCAGAUGGCUACGACAAGGCUCUACGCUUCCUGGGUUACAACGACGAGGAGAUGUCCUACGAUAAUAACCCCUUCAUCAAGGCGCUUUCGGACGGAUGCUCACUGAAGUCGGGCUACUCCAAGACGGUGAUGGAGAUAAACACUCCUCGCAUCGACCAGGUGCCCAUCAUCGACGUCAUGUUCAAUGACUUCGGUGAACCCAGCCAGCGGUUCGGUUUCGAGGUGGGCCCUGUCUGCUUCAUGGGCUAGGACCUGACCACCCCCCCCCCCCACUCCACCCACCACCCCACCACCACCACUCCUCGACCAGCUGAAGGACAGGGUUUUAGAGGGCGUUCUGUUCCAUGCAUGCCUUGUACUGCCAAAUGAAUACCUGACAUCAAUCACUCACCCGCCCUAUUCUCCACUCGACCUGGCCUCAGGCUUCUAAACCAAACCUGUGUUUUUAUAUCCUUGAUAAGAUGAUCAGACCACCAGCACGCUGCCCAACCCCCCUCCUCCUCUGCCCUGUCAUAGAAGCAUUGUCCCAGGGGAAUACUCCUCGCCCUUGUAGGGCCAAUCACAUAGUGACUUUAACUUGUAACAAGGAGGGAGUGGCAUAAGGAAUAAAGGACGUUUGAUGCCGUGGACGGACAGUGGUGCACUUUCAGCAAACAGAGGGAGGAUCCACUCACUCCAACGCCCAAGCCCCCCCCUUUCCUCUCCUCGUCUUCCCCCUUCUCCUACCUUACCCCAUGACCUUAUCUAGGGAGACGUUCCACUCACCUGCCAAGCCCCCUUCCUCCCUUUGCCUCCCCCAGCCCAGCCUCCCUGUCUGGAAGCUCCAGUCCUCUCCUCCCUCCCCCAGCCCAGCCUCCCUGUCUGGAAGCUCCAGUCCUCCCUCCCCCAGCCCAGCCUCCCUGUCUGGUAGCUCCAGUCCUCCCUCCCCCAGCCCAGCCUCCCUGUCUGGUAGCUCCAGUCCUCUCCUCCCUCCCCCAGCCCAGCCUCCCUGUCUGGUAGCUCCAGUCCUCUCCUCCCUCCCCCAGCCCAGCCUCCCUGUCUGGAAGCUCCAGUCCUCUCCUCCCUCCCUCCCUCAGCCCAGCCUC